CCAUGUUGAGGGAAGGAGAGCUGCGGCUGGACGGCACUCUCACCUCCUGACAAUCAGGAGACGCGUGACAAGACUAUGAAAGGGGGCACGGGAUAUAAUUUUUACUUGAGUGAGUUGUCUUGAGAUGCACGUGAUCAACAGGCUGUCAAUUACCGCCACAGACUCCGUUAAGUGGGGAUCUUUUCAUGCGCGCGUAUCCAUGUCGUCAGAUUUGUAAAUUGGCCGCGGAGCUGCGCGCUUUCGAUGGACUCCUCAGUCGUUAGAGGGCUGAGUGUGAGUUAAUGCCAAGAUCCAGACACUUCGGGAUAUACACAAAGCGCGCACAGCCGGGAUGGACUCGUUUAACGCCAGCGGAAUGGACGCGUUCACGGUGGUCCAUCUGAAUUCCUCCUGGAGUCUGGACAGUGGAUAUUCUUUAGCAGCGACAGCCAGCAUUGCUGCUCUUGUAAGUUUUCUCAUUCUCUUUACGGUUGUUGGGAAUAUUCUGGUGGUUAUUGCGGUGUUGACGAGCAGGGCGCUGAAAGCCCCACAGAACCUUUUUCUGGUGUCCCUGGCCACCGCGGACAUCCUGGUCGCCACUUUGGUGAUGCCGUUUUCCCUGGCGAAUGAACUCAUGGGCUACUGGUAUUUUGGAAAAGUUUGGUGCGGUAUUUAUCUGGCUUUGGAUGUUUUGUUCUGCACUUCGUCUAUUGUCCAUCUGUGCGCAAUAAGCCUGGACCGCUACUGGUCCGUUACGCAGGCUGUAGAGUACAACCUGAAGCGGACUCCCAAACGCGUCAAGUGCAUCAUCUUAAUUGUGUGGCUCAUAUCUGCUUUCAUCUCAUCCCCGCCGCUCAUAUCUAUAGACAGCAACAAUGAGAUGAGCUCUCAGCCACAGUGCGAGAUCAAUGAUGACACCUGGUACAUCCUCUCCUCCAGCACCGCGUCCUUCUUCGCUCCGUGCUUAAUCAUGGUGCUGGUGUAUAUCAGAAUAUAUCAGGUGGCCAAAACCAGAACCAGAAGCAUGUCGGGAAAGAAUCCCAAGCCAGAUGGCGUUACACAUACUGAGAAUGGACUGAGCAAAGCCACCUCCCCUUUCCAUGGCGAGAGAGAGAACGGUCACUGUCAGUGCCCGCCUACGCCCAGCCAACGCACCGUCACCAUCGCGCCACAAACUGAGGAUGCUGACAUGGAGGAGAGCUCCUCCUCAGAGGGCAAAGGUCACAAACUUCAGCGGGAGGACGCCCAGAGAGCCAAGAAGCCCAACAGAAAGAAAAACUCCAUCUCCAAACAGUCCACACGCAUCUCCAGAGUCAGUAACAAGUCCAUGGACCUCUUCGCCUCCAGGAGGAAACGUCGCCGGAGCUCCUUAGCCAGGAAAAAGGUCUAUCAAGCCAGAGAAAAGAGGUUUACAUUCGUCCUGGCUGUGGUCAUGGGGGUGUUUGUUGUGUGCUGGUUCCCCUUUUUCUUCAGCUACAGCCUGUACGGUGUGUGCAGGGACUCCUGUAAGAUCCCCGACCCGCUCUUUAAAUUCUUCUUCUGGAUUGGCUACUGUAACAGCUCCCUCAACCCUGCCAUCUACACCAUCUUCAACCGGGACUUCAGACGCGCCUUCCAGAAGAUCCUUUGCAAGUCGUGGAAAAAGUCCUUUUAGAUUUGAUGCAGAACUGCUGCACCACUGUGACAAUCUUUGUGGAAAUAUCAAAGUGAAAAUAAGAAGCCUGUUUUGUCUUUUACUGCCACUCCUUACUCACUGUUACGUCUCAUUGUCCUGUUGUAAUUCAGUCAUGGCAGUGCACACCGUCAAGCACCUAUGGGUGUCUCUACAAGCUUCAACAUACUGUGUGUUUUCACUACAGGCUUUCCCAGUCCGAAUAGUGAGCACCAUCAUUAUUUUCUUCCUACUUAAGUGUGUUGUAAUGCUUUUUAAUGUAUCAUUGAUGAAGCUCUUUAUACAUCUGCGAAAGAUACACAUGGCCGAAUUUAUCUGCUUGGGGGCCCCAGGGCAAAAUGGAGCACCAGGGCCCCCUGUAACCCCCACUUAGUUCAUGUCACUCCCUGUGCAAUGUGUACAAUUUUUCUAUAUUUUUGUGUUAGAUGACUACUUGGCCACAGAUUUGCUGUGUGGUAACAUAUUAAUUUAGGAUAUGCAACAUACAUAAGCACAAACCUGAGAUAUUUACGUUUUUAAAACUUGAUUUUGACACAGGGAUCCUUUUAAAAACAGAGCCUUAACUCAACAGUUGACGUUUUGGGGGGAAAAAAAUGCUUUUUCGCUUUUGUGUGUGAGUUAGACGACAAGAUCAAUACCACUAUCACACCUGUGCGGUGAAGACGUAGCUGGAGCAAGCAGCUGGUUAGCCUAGCUUAGCAUAAAGCCUGGAAACAGAGGGAAACAGAUGGACUGUCUCUCUCUAAUGGUAGCAAUAUCUGCCUCGUGGCUCGUCUGCAGCUUACUAAUUAACACUUUAUAUCUCGUUUGUUUAAUCUGUAGAGAAAUGGGAGCAUGAAAAAAACAAUCUGCUGUUUCUCAGGGGUUUAUGUGCUAGUCUUUGUCUGUACCAGUUACCAGGUAACCAGUGGAAACUCAAUGAAGUUACUGAUCCUGUAAAAUAGAACCGUUUUUCUUAUAAGCGUUGAAUUUCCCACAGAUUGAACAAACAAGACAUUGUGUGUUAAUCAGUGAGCUUUUCAAGCAGUGGCACUGCCAAGGGGUGGACAGGGGGGCCAUAGCAACAGUUGAGAUGAUUUGGCAGAUGGAUUUUGUUACCUUUGAACAUAGCCAGGUUAACUGUUUCCCUGUUUAUAGCCUUUAUGCUAAGCUAAGAUUACCAGCUACUGGCUGCAGCUUCAUAGCUACUGUGCAGAUAUGAGAGUGUUACAGAUCGACUCCCAGCAAGAAAGCAAAAAGUGUGAAUCCCAAAGUGUCAAACUAUUUCUUUAAGAUAAAAUGACAAGGCAGAACCCAUCUUAAGGCCAUUUGCCAUGUCAGUGUUGUUUUAGUUUUGCAUAUUUGUGAAAAGUUUCAGUUCAGUCAGCACAAACCAGUUCACCCAUAGUAAGCCUGGAGCUUGUGGCAGCUGUCCAGUCAGCCCAGGCUGAUAAUCCUGCACAUAGAGCAGAGGUUUCCAGCUCUUUUUCACUUGUUUCCUCUGAAAAUGAAUCUUUGUUCACACGUGGCCCCUUGACACAUGUUCAAUAUGUCUUUGAGUCAAUUGCAGUUUUGCCGCUGUUAUUUUUCCCUCUUAAAUUAUUUAUUUUAAGCCUGAUGGGCUAAAACUAUCUAGAAUUUCACAAGAAAAAGAGAAGUAUUGGAAAGAGAAAGUCAGAGAAUAUGAAUGAAAAUGAAAUAAAUGGUCCAGAUUUAUCUUGCAGCUUCUGUGAGGAGUCCGACCCUUAGGCAGGAAAACACUGAAUUUCAAGGAAUACUUUGCCUCUUUUCAACCAGGUCUGUGCCACGGAGGAGUGGAGAGUGUGUGCAGAUGAAAGGUGUUAAAGCCUCCCCCUGUGCCUCCAGCUCCUGGAGCUUUCAGCCUGUCUGUGAGCCAACAUAUGACAUGAAACACAUCAUCUGUGACAGUAAAGGACGUGUUUUGCUCACGGCACAGGCGGGGAGUUCCCGGGGCUGUCAACACAGGCGAGGCUCUACACUGCUCAUUUGCACACACUCGCCAUACCUUGAAGACACAGACCUGGUUAAAAAUUGGCAAAGUAUUCCUUUCAUUUUGUCUGUUUGCCAUGAUGUUCUUGGCCGUGUCAGCUUUUACAGCCUUAUAUGAGCGUCUCUGCUGUAAAAACAGUAAGGGUGUAAGAAAAAUAAAUUACCUGUGUUGUUCAAGUAUCUGGAUCCUUUGAGAGCAUUUACACCAUCAGAGUAUCAUCAUGGUAAUUCAUAACACAGCUGACAAAUGGCAAAAUUGUUUGUUCUGAUCUUUGACUGGACCUUAAAGAUUUAGACGGCACUGAGAAGGGCUGACAUUUCAGACUAUAAGCUAGUUAUUUUAUGUUAUUUUCACAGUGGCCAUAGACUACUGAGUACGAAAGAACAAAUGCAUUUAUUUUGCAUUUAAUUUUCC